CAGCGAUUCAAUUCGUUCGUAGCCGUCGAAUCAGCAAGACGGUUUUAGUGUGUUGGCGCUCGUCUGAAGCUUCCGUCAAAGCCGUGUGCGUCGUCUUGUGCAGUGCGGUACAAAGUGUGUGCCACUUGCAUUUCCCAAAGCGUGUGCGUGGGUGCAUCCAUUGUAACGGUGAACUUUAGCGCAAAAGUUCAAGUGCUUGGACGCGCGAUCGCGUUGUGUGUGUGUGUGUGCGCGUGCGCUAGUGUCAAUUAUCGUACGAUCGUUCAACACAGGUUAAAGCCCACUUACCCCACACUGUAGAAAACAAAAACAAACAAACAAAACAAUGUCGUCUCUCGGGUUCAACGAUCCGCUGACGGCGAUAGCAUCCGUGGUUACGGGAGUUGCGAUCGUACUGUCACUAAUCAAAUACUACCUCUACCUCACCUGCGGGCACUUUACCUCAACACGAAAGAUGGACGGCAAGACGGUGAUCAUUACCGGUGCAAACUCGGGCAUUGGCAAGGAAACUGCCCGUGAUUUGGCUAAACGAGGCGCUCGCAUCAUUAUGGCCUGCCGAAACAUGGAAACGGCCAAGCAGGCACAAGAUGAGAUAGUGAAGGAAACGGGCAACCAGAACGUUACUCUGCUGAAGCUUGACCUUAGUUCGCAAAGUUCGGUUCGCGAGUUUGCGUCGGAAGUGCUCCGUACCGAGCGUAAGCUGGACGUACUGAUCCACAAUGCCGGGUUUGCCGAAACGUUCCGGAAGUCCAAAUCCGUCGACGGUAUCGAGUUCACGAUGGCGACCAACCACUACGUUCCGUUCCUGCUGACACACCUGCUGAUCGAUCUGCUGAAACGCUCCGGUCCAAGCCGCAUCGUUGUGGUUGCGUCCGAGCUGUACCGUUUCGCAUCGGUCAAUCUCGACAAUCUGAACCCGGUGGGUAGUUUGCCGGCCUACCUGUACUACGUGUCGAAGUGUGCCAACAUUAUGUUUACGCGUGAACUAGCCCGCCGCCUCGAAGGUACGUCCGUCACGGCCAACUGUUUGCAUCCGGGCAUGAUCGAUUCCGGCAUCUGGCGCAACGUACCGUUCCCGCUUACGCUUCCGAUGCGCGUGAUCAGGAGCUUUUUCAAGACGACGGCCGAAGGUGCCCAAACUUCGCUGUAUCUUGCCUGCUCGGAGGAGCUACAAGGUGUCAGCGGCAAAUACUUCAUGGACUGCAAGGAGGCGAACCUAAGCGCUGGUAUCUGCGACAUGGAGAAGGCACGGAAGCUGUGGGAUGAAUCGGCAAAGCUCGUGAAGCUUACUGAGAGUGAUCCCAAAAUCUAAUCCAUUCUUCCCAUGUCCGGAAUUUUGUCGUCCAGAAAAUUCUCCGUCCAUGCAGGAACUUAUUGUUCUUCUACUAUUUUUGUGGUUUUUUUUUAUUUAGCAUUUUACGUCACAUGAUCCUCGGUGUUCGAUAAAUAAAUCUGUUGAUCCGUCGUUUAACGGGUACGCUACAAGUCACUGAA